UCUGGGAGAGUCAUCCACAAUAUUUAAAUAGAGUAAAAGCACAAUUUUAUACUUCAUUAAAUUGUACCAUUUCUUUCAAACCUAUGUUGUUAACCUUGCCUAAUGGCCUUUUUUCUGUAUUUCUGUCGGUCAAAAGCUCGUGAAAUGCAGAGCCCGCUUGAUUGCUGAAACUUUUUCCUUAUCUAUCCUUUUUUUUAGGUCCUGGGCAGCCCUUCUUACCAUAGAGGCAACUGUAAUUUAUGAGUAUCUUCUAUUUGAUAUAUUUUUUAUUUUCUUUUGGAAAUUUAACAUCGUGAUGUGUCUUGGUUUAAUCGCAUAUGCCAUUUCGUCAUGGAAUUUUGUUUAUUAUUACUAUUUACUUUUCUUUUUUCUUUUUUUGGGUUUAUUUGUUCCGUUAAUAUAGCAAUUGUACGGUUUAAUUUUGUUUUUGUUUAAUUUGAUUGGUGGCAUAUGAUUUUCUUGACCUCGUUUGAGUUCAAUGUGUGAGACUAUUGCUGGCAUUUGUUAAAUGAACUGCUUUUGAUUCCCUUGUAAAAAUAAAAACUAAAAAAUAAAAAAUCUUAAGUUUUUUCAGAGAUCAGGUAGCAUUAGAUUCAUGGACUAAUAUGGAGAAUUCUUCUAUGAAUUAAUGAAAUGCAAGAUAAAAUUUUAUUUCUGAAAUGAACACUAUCAUUAAUUCAUUAUUGAACCCUGUUUAUUAAGUUUUAGAUAACCCGAUUGACGGGCACAAUUUGUAAAUAUGGCAUGUGGUUUGGUGUAAUCUUACUCUCUCUCAUCCUUAAUUAUUGUUGAUCUUGCUAAUGUUGCAUAACUCAAAGGAUCAAGAGCCAAAAGAUGAGAAUGAUGACUAGUAGGUCCAUUUGACUCCGAACAAUUGUAAUGGCAGAUUCUCACGUAUCACAAAUUCACUAGCAUGUGCAUAUGUGGACAAGAAAUCCAUCCAUCCUUACAUUAUCCUAUCAUAAUCCAUGUUAUAAAUUUGUGAUUUCCUUGUUGACGUUUGUCUUGAAGGAAAUUUGAGUAAUGAUUAACAAUUAGCCUGUAAUGCCUAUAGAUAUCCAGACGCUACUUCAUUCAAUGUAGUUCCAGUGUUAUUGUUGACUAGAAGAUGCGUUUUAACAAAGUGGCAUAAGCAAGUUUCUAUGUGCUCCAACCAAUUAGGACCAUCUGAUGCUCAGGUUUCAAGAAGUUGCUCUAUAAGAAGGGCUUCUAAUUUGGCGGUUUCUGGAGUAAUGGAUUUCUUCUAUUGUUUUUGGAUUCAUUUCGGUAAAAAUCAAAGGCGUCUGAAGUUACAGAUGGUUUGUUAAAUAGAAGAGUAGUCCAUAUCUAUUUGAUAUCUGUUAAUGAACCCAAAGAGAAUGAAGAGAACAAACAUUCCAAAGCGCUAUGUGAUUGUAAUUUUGACCUUCAUCUGCACUUCUGUCUGCUACAUAGAACGUGUGGGUUUUUCCGUUGCAUAUACUGCUGCUGCUGAUGCCACGGGAGUAAAUCAAUCGAGCAAGGGCAUGAUACUUUCAACGUUCUAUUAUGGGUAUGCAUGUUCACAAGUUCCAGGUGGUUGGGCAGCCCAGAAAAUUGGGGGAAGGCGUAUUCUUCUACUUUCAUUUGUUUUAUGGUCUAUAACUUGUGCUUUUGUGCCACUUGAUCUGAACCGAGUUACAAUAUUGGUCAUAGCACGCUUGCUGGUCGGAGUUUCCCAAGGCUUCAUCUUUCCCUCCAUUCACACUGUGCUGGCACAAUGGGUACCACCACAUGAAAGAUCAAGAUCUGUUUCUCUGACAACUUCCGGUAUGUAUUUUGGUGCAGCUGCAGGAAUGCUUGUGCUUCCGAGCCUGGUCAAGUUUCGAGGUCCGCAAUCGGUAUUUCUUGCUGAAGCUUCUUUAGGUGCCAUUUGGUCUCUACUUUGGUUUAAGUAUGCCAUUGAUCCACCUCGUUCUGAGCAUCCAAAAGCCACUGCUUCUGGAUUUGGAGAAUUGUUGCUGCCAAUUAAAGGAAAUCAAAAGACGAAAGUUGAGAAUGGAGGACAUUCCAUCAGAACCCCAAAAAUUCCAUGGAAGAAAAUUAUUUUCAGUUUGCCAGUUUGGGCAAUUGUUGCGAAUAAUUUCACUUUCCAUUAUGCUCUCUAUGUGCUCAUGAACUGGCUUCCAACGUACUUUGAAUUGGGCCUCCAGCUUAGUCUUGAAGACAUGGGAUCUUCUAAGAUGAUGCCUUAUUUCAACAUGUUUCUGUUCUCAAAUAUUGGUGGGGUGAUUGCUGAUCACUUGAUUACCAGGAGAGUCUUGUCUGUGACUGGAACAAGAAAGCUUUUAAAUACCAUAGGAUUUGUGGUGGCUUCUUUUGCACUAAUGGCUCUUCCCAGGUUCAGAACACCCAAUGGAGUUGUGUUCUGUUCUUCUGUGGCUCUUGGUUUCUUGGCACUAGGGAGAGCUGGAUUUGCAGUAAAUCACAUGGAUGUUGCUCCAAGGUAUGCAGGGAUUGUAAUGGGAGUUUCUAACACAGCCGGUACCUUAGCUGGAAUCAUUGGGGUUGAUCUUACUGGUCGACUUCUUGAAGCUUCUAAGGCUGCUCAGUUGGAUCUCACUAGUCCAGAUAGCUGGAGAGCAGUUUUUCUCAUCCCAGGGUCACUUUGUAUUUUUAGUUCAAUUUUGUUUCUUCAGUUCUCGACUGGGGAGAGAAUUUUUGACUGACUUGGUUGGCCUUUCAUUCAAAUCACGCCUUGUUUAUUUUGUUAUUCUUACGACAACAGGUUAUACUUGCCCGUAGUGGUAGAGCUCUCUGAUGCCUGUUUUGUUAUUGGCAUCUUGUGAUGAAAAAAAAAUAAUAAUAAAUAAAUAAAUUCUAGUUAUGGAGCCCAAAAGGGUGGAAGUGAUUUGAUAUUUUUAAGUUAUUUGGAGAAUUUCUAAUCUGUAUUAGAUCAAACAUGCUCAAUUUUAUGUCCAUGACAUAUUUAAAACAUUCUUUCUGCUGCA